AUGGGUGUUCCCAAAUUCUUCCGAUGGAUAUCAGAGCGAUAUCCCGGCAUCUCUCAGCUUAUCGCCGAGAACCGAAUCCCCGAAUUCGACUGUCUCUACCUUGAUAUGAAUGGUAUCAUUCACAACUGUACCCACAAAGACGCUGGUGAAGAUGUCGCCUUCCGUCUCAGCGAGGAGGAGAUGUUUAUCCGCAUCUUCAACUACAUCGAACACUUGUUCGGGAAGAUCAAGCCCAAAAAGCUCUUCUACAUGGCCAUCGAUGGUGUGGCCCCGCGAGCGAAGAUGAACCAGCAACGAGCCCGAAGAUUCAGGACCGCCCUGGAUGCUGAGAAGGCUCGUGAAAAGGCCGUUCGGGAGGGCGUUGAGCUUCCCAAAGAGCCGCCUUUUGACAGCAAUUGUAUCACGCCUGGAACCGAGUUUAUGGCCAAGCUGUCCCACCAACUAAGAUAUUUUAUCAAUAAGAAGGUCUCCGAAGACUCGGAUUGGCAGGGUUGUGAAGUCGUCCUCUCUGGUCAUGAGGUGCCGGGAGAGGGUGAGCACAAGAUCAUGGAGUACAUCAGGAAUGCGAAAGCUCAACCUGAGUACAGCCCUGAUAUCCGUCACUGUCUAUACGGCUUGGACGCAGAUCUCAUCAUGCUUGGUCUGCUCAGUCACGACCCCCACUUCUGUCUUCUUCGAGAGGAAGUUACUUUUGGACGGGCUUCCAAAUCCAAGUCGAAGGAGCUCGAGCACCAAAACUUCUACCUUCUUCAUCUCUGCAUUGUAAGAGAAUAUUUGGAGCUAGAAUUUCAGGAGUUGAAGGACCCGGAAACUCUUGGAUUUCCUUUUGAUCUCGAACGCAUCAUUGACGACUUUAUCCUUAUGGCCUUCUUCGUCGGCAACGACUUUUUGCCCAACCUUCCUUGGCUCCAUAUCAACGAGGGCGCCCUCGCCUACAUGUUUCGCGUGUACAAGAGAAUUCUUCCCAAGUGCGAAGGCUACAUCAAUGAGCUUGGAGUUAUUAACCUGAAGCGCCUUGAGCUACUCUUGACUGAAAUUUCUCAGGUUGAAUUCGAUCAUUUCGAGAAUGACGUCGCCAACGAAAAGUGGUUCCAGUCCAAGCAAAUGGAGGAGAGCUUGCCCAAUACUAAGAAGAAGACCCCCAAAGGCCAGCUCAUCAUCACCUCUGCGCAAAGAGAUCUUUGGAAGAAAAAGAUCAAACCCUUCGUCACCAACAGAUCUUCGAAGCCCUUGAACCUUGGCUCUGGUCUCAAGGCUGAGGAUCGAGAGUUCGUCAAGACACUGGCGGACACUCUCCGCCUUGAAUGGACCACCCAGGAGGACGAGAGUGGAAACCGAAGUCUGGUUGUUUCGUUUCCCCCCAAACCUGCCGGGUUUGAAGAUGAAGACGAUGAUGAUGACGACGAUGACGAGGAAGCGAACAUGGCCGUUUUCCGUGUCGUUAAGCAGUAUGAUCGAGCCAUGGUGGUUGACGUCACCUCCGAACAGGCCCAAGCAAAUUACGACAAGGUCUACCAGGAGAAGUAUCAGGGAUGGAAGUCCAAGUACUACCUCCAGAAGUUUGAGUGGCCCUUGGAAUCCUACGAUGCUGAGCUUGUUAAGCUUUGUGAAAACUACGUCCAGGGUCUCCAGUGGGUUCUGUACUACUACUAUCGUGGUAUCGCGUCCUGGCCCUGGUUCUACCGCUACCACUACUCUCCGCUCAUGUCAGAUGUUGUCAAGGGCCUUGGCGCCGACCUCAACUUCAAGAAGGGCGAGCCUUUCAAGCCAUAUGAACAGCUCAUGGGCGUACUUCCCGAUCGCAGCAAGAGCAUUGUCCCAAAGGUCUACUGGGAAUUGAUGACCGACCCCAACUCUCCCAUCUACGACUUCUAUCCGCGAGAGUUUGAGCUGGAUAUGAAUGGCAAGAAAAUGGAUUGGGAAGCCGUUGUGAAGAUUCCGUUCAUCGAUGAGGAGAGGCUGUUGAACGCCAUGGCCCCGAAGAACAAACUAUUGACAUCGGAUGAGGAUGCCAGGAACCAGUUUGGUGUCGCGCUCAAGUUUACCUACUCACCCGAUGUCGACUAUGUCUAUCCCUCAUCGCUGGUUGGCGUCUUCCCGGAUCUGCCCAACUGUCACUGCGUAGAGAACAUCUUUGAGCUCCCUGAUACGGAAGGUCUUGAAUACAGGGUUGGCCUUGUUGAUGGCGCGAAGCUGAAUAUCGAGGCACUCGCCGGUUUCCCAACUCUACACACCCUGCCAUAUGAGGGUCUUCUCGUCGAGGGUUAUGGCAUCAACGUCUUCCAGUCAGAGAGCAGGAACCCCAGCAUGAUUAUCACGCUGACGGACUCCGAUGCUAGGUCCAAACCGGAAUAUGCUAUCCAAAAGCUUGGCAAGCGGUGCUUCGUUGGAUACCCUUUCCUCCAGGAGGCAAAGGUCAUCAAGGUGUCCGACUCUCAUUUUAACUACCAGCUCGAUGCUAAUGGUCACGUUAGCCAAACUCCCCAGUCAGGCAAGGAGCUUAAUGAGUUCCCCAAGGAGGCGAACUACAUUGAGAACUGGCAUGCCCGACGUCUUGGUAUCACCAUCGGCACAGUUGAGACUCUUGUGCAUGUGCAUAUGCUCAAGGGUCUCGUCAAGACGGAGGAGGGCGCGCUUAUCAAGGAAUAUGGCGAGAACCCCAGCUUGCGCAGCACAUACGCUUCCCAAACUAUUGUGGACGAGGUAGUCAACGAGGAUGAGCGCUUUAUUGAAAAGGCAGCCGUCCCGAUCGAAGAAGAAUUCCCGGUCAAUACCCAAGCCUUCUUCCUGGGUGACUUCAACUACGGAAGACCUCUUAUCGUCUCGGGCCACUCAAACAAUAAGGCGGAGAUUAGGUUGUCCGUCCUGAAGCAGAAGGAGCCCGAAUUCGCGAAGGCCAUCAUCCACGAGGCGUUCCGAUCUAACAGAUACGUGCCAUCGUACGCCGUCGCGAAGCAGCUGGGAAUCGACGCGCUUGUCCUCAGUAAGAUUACGUCGUCGUACCGAGUCAACACGGGGGCGGGUCUAAAGGUUAAUCUCGGACUGAAUCUGAAGUUCGCUGCCAAGGGGCAGAAAGUCUUGGGCUAUUCGCAAAAGUCGGGAACGGGUUGGGAGUUCAGCAAUACUGCGAUCCAGCUGAUUGCAAGCUUCAUGGUUACUUUCCCCGACUUCUUUGCGGCCAUGCACAGGGUUGCUGUCAAGAGCGACGUCGCGGAUACCGAUCUCUGGCCCGACCCCACGACGGCUGGCACGAGGAUCAAGGAAAUUGGCGCGUGGUUGAAGCAGCAAGGAAUCAGCAAGCUUGAGCGGGUUCCAUUGGAAGCGGAACAGCUCGACUCUAAUGUCGUCAUGAAGCUAGCCGAGGUUGGCGAAGAGGUCUCGCAGCUUAACAAAGAACCCGCUAUGAGGUCGAUGAAGGGGGUCCCUAGAUCCGCCAUUCUCAAGCCGGCCGACACGGAGCUUCUCUUGGGUAACCAAAAGUUUGCUCUGGGAGACCGUGUUACGUAUGUUUCGGCCGCCGGUAAAGUCCCGCUUAGCGUCCGAGGAACGGUGGUUGGCAUAUCUCGUACCGCCACCGCGCUCCUCCUGGAUGUUGUCUGGGACCAAGCGUUCAUGAGCGGCAACACCCUCGGCGACCGUACACCUCCAUUCCGAGGCCAAACUGUCCCCGCGUCGUCGGUCCUCAAUACCACGAACAAGCAAGUGGUGACGGGCUCCAAGGCCGCUCUUGGUAGGAACCCCGUGCGAGCCGUACCGGCUCUUACCACUUCUUCCUACGAUACGACGGGCAUGCCCCAAUACAGGGAUGCUACUCCUCCCCCGCCUCUACGAGGAGGUUGGAGCGGAGCCGUUAAUGGUGGCCGUGGUCGAGGCCGCGGCGGUCGCGGAGGCCAGCCUGGAGCGGUGGUUAACCUUUCCCACCGCCCACACCCCAACGCUUCGGGUACGAAUAGCCCACGAGGAGGAGGAUCUGCUCACCCCGGAGUCAAUGGCCGUGGUCGAGGCCGGGGAGGACCCAGAGGCUAUAGCGCCUCGCCUCACACUCCAGGUUCUGGUACUGAGUCACCUGGCCUGCCGGGGAAGACACAGUAUAACAUGGUCCCACCACCCUCGAAUCUGGACACCCCGCCUAGCGGCGAACGCGGUGGCCGAGGUAGGGGCCGUGGGCGAGGUGGACAUCGCGGUCGAGGCGGCGGCUUCAACCGGGGUCGCGGUGGAGCGUCGAGCGGAGCUGGCACACCCUCGUCCUAG